GUCUCGGCUACACGCCGUCGUCCGAGGCCUGAAUGCAGUGACAACGAUCGACGUAUGGUCUUAGCAAGAUGCUUAGGACGCUGUUACGCACAAGUACGAGCCUUGCCGAUAGGUCAACGAUUGGUACUUAUCAUCCAGCCAACUGCUUUAUGAGCAAAACUAGCUGGCAUGCCCGGCUUCGAACGUACCGCGUGUUUAAUAGGCUCAACAAGCAACACUGAUAUCAAAUGUCGUCUUCGUGCAUCGAGAAAUUUGUCCCGUCGUCAUGCGUCUGUCCGCUUCCAUGUUCGUGCAGCCGUGCAAAUGUCGUUGCUGAUAUACUUGGCGUAUCUCCACUGUAUCAUCAAGAAGACGGACACUGCAUUCAACACUCAAUAAGAAGCCUGAUUUGAGCAUCGAAGAAUUCUGUCGGAAAGGACGCAGAAAUCACGAAAAAUAGUAAUUUAUGAUAUCACAAAAACAACAGUUUAUGAUACUGCUUCUCCUCAUUC